UGAAACAUGGACUCCGACGAGCUCUCAGCGCAUAGCGCACCCCUCACCGUUAACGAACAGGUACGUAUGCCUCAAAUCCGAAAUGCUCUGGCGGUCUCGAAGAAAUGACCUUCAAGAUUUCUCUCUUCCUCUAUUUCGUACAUACACCCCACACUCCCCCUCCCCAAUUCAGCAGACACCUCUUUACUCCAAGUGCCAUCAUCACAUGCACAUGUUCAUGUGCCAAACAAUUUAGCCAACGCCUACUCUUCAAACACAGCACCUUCAGGUUAAGUUGUUUUUUUGUCCUCUGUUAAAACAUCCUGCUCACUUGCUCCCUCAAAAACAUUGCGUCACACCUCUCCAUUCUUGUUGUUAUUCCCUGUUCAAGCGAUGUCUUGUAUGCUCCUAACUCCGCCUACUCAUUCAAGUCAUGUCGUCAUUGUCACUGUGCUGACACACAAUUUUGCUUAACCUCUCUCUCUGUGUAGCCUGGUGCUGCUCGGGCUGUUGUGUGCUUCACUCAUGUCCAUGCGUGUGUUGUGUUGUCUCUUUUCCUUUGUGUAUCUUUUUGUUUUGUUUUUAACUUUUUAUCCAUUGUGUCCUAAUGUGUGCUUGGCCUCUCUGUUCUCCUUAGCCAUUCACUGUCUGACUGCACAGAAGUGCUAUGUUCAGCCAUUAGGUCCCUGCACUCUGAAAUUCUCUGCUCAUGACAGUAAGGUUAUUGUGAUGUCCGGCCAUGAGACCAUCCGCGUCCUGGAAGUGGAGGUGGACUCCUCUCUGGCGUCUUCGGGCUCCGAGGGGAAGGCGGCGGCAGAUGGCGAGGAGGGGGGGAAGCUGACCUUGGAGGGGGCCGCGAAUGCCACCGCGUCAGCCGGUAAAAUAAAAGCUGAAGUGCUGGUGGAGCCCGUGGUGUCUGCUGGGUCCUCCAUCCCUACUGUUGCCCAAACGUUGGCUGGCUCUGAGCUGGUCAGUGUGUCCGUCCCCCAGACUACAAUGACUACAAUGCCCAUCACCGUCCAGACAGCCUGCCCACAGGUGCUGACGCAGGACGGCCUAGCUACUCUGAUGACGAGCAUGAUGGCUGCUCCGGGCUCGCUGGGCCAGCCCCUGCUCAUCCCUCUCAGCAUGGCCAGCUCGGUGGCCGGGCAGGCUGCUGCGGGGGGCCUGGCCGUGCUCACCUUCCCCACCGCCACCGUGGCUACCCUGCCCGGCCUCGCCACCAACCCCGUCACCAGCCUCCUCAAGCUGCCAUUCGCCGGCCUGCAGGGCCUGCAGGGCCUGCAGGCUGCCACCAUGCUGAACUCGGUGCAGCCGCAGCUGCAGGUGCCGGCCCAGACGCUGUUUGCCCCGCAGGCCGCCGCCACGCUGCAGUCGGUGCAGGCCGCCGUCCAGACCACCGCCGCCUCCACCGCUGCACAGGUUGCCAUGGCAACCGCCUCAACCACUCCCAAGGCCCCCUCCUCCUCCUCUUCGUCCUCCUCCUCCUCUUCGUCCUCCGCGCCUGAGCCCAGCACGUCCGUGGCUACGCUCCAGACAGCCGGACUCUCGAUAAACCCUGCCAUUAUCAGCGCGGCCUCCCUGGGUGCCCAGCCUCAGUUCAUCAGCUCCCUCACCACCACUCCCAUUAUCACCAGUGCCGUGUCAAACAUGGCCGGACUGACCAGCCAUCAGAUCAUCACCAACGCCCAGGGCCAGGUGAUUGGCACCUUACCCAUGCUGUUGAACCCAGCCUCCCUGGCUGGCAGUGCCACCCCAGCGGCGUUGCAACCGCAGGGCCUGCAGGUGCAGACCAUGUCCCCCCAGCUGCUGCUCAACGCCCAGGGCCAGAUCAUCGCUAUUGGCAAUGGGGCCGCCCAGGUACCCACCUCCUCUGCAGCUGCUGCCGCUGUGCUCCCCAAGCCUGCCGCCACUGCUCUCACCCUCGCCAAGCCAGCUGCACAGGGCCCGGUGGUGACUAUGGCCCAGUCCCCUGUUGUCAUCGCUCCGCAGCCCUCCUUGGUGAAACAGGCACCCCCCUCGUUGGCAUCUGCUGUGCCCCUGGCCUGUGGCGAGGCGCCAACCGUCGGGCAACUCGUCAGCAAGCCUCAGCAAGGUGGCACGGAUGAGGAGUGCAUCAACCUGGAGGAGAUCCGUGAGUUUGCCAAGAACUUCAAGAUCCGCCGGCUGUCCCUGGGCCUCACACAGACACAGGUGGGCCAGGCCCUCACCGCCACCGAGGGGCCCGCCUACAGCCAGUCAGCCAUCUGCAGGUUUGAGAAGCUGGACAUCACCCCCAAGAGCGCCCAGAAGCUAAAGCCGGUCCUGGAGCGCUGGCUGGCCGAGGCGGAGCUGUGGAACCAGAAGGGCCAGCAGAACCUCAUGGAGUUCGUCGGCGGAGAGCCGUCCAAGAAGCGCAAGCGGCGCACCAGCUUCACGCCGCAGGCCAUCGAGGUGCUCAACACCUACUUUGAGAAGAACGCGCUGCCCACGGGCCAAGAGAUCACGCAGAUCGCCAAGGAGCUCAACUACGACCGCGAGGUGGUGCGCGUCUGGUUCUGCAACCGCCGGCAGACCCUGAAGAACACCAGCAAGAUCAAUGUCUUUCAGGUGCAGCAGCAGCUGCAGCAACAACAACAACAACAACAACAACAACAACAACAACAACAACAACAGCAACAGCAACAAGCCCAGCAACAGAAGCACUGAAAGGAUGAAGGAUUUUUUUGUCGUUGCUGUUUGGUGGUGCAAUACAUGGAGAGAGUCAAAGGUGAUGAUGUGAAGGAAUAAUAAUAGCAGAAUAUUUUUUCAAUACUGCAAUGUAAAAGGCACUUUUUUGUGGAAGGAUGAAGGCAGGCCAGACGGUAAAAUAGAUGCACAGAGCAAAUGGAGGCUGUUGAAUGCAGAUGAUGUCUGGCAUGCCACCCAAGAGCAAAUUGCUACUUGCUCAUUUUUUUAAUAUACUGAUACCGAAGAAGGGUAGGAACACUCUAAACGGACUAGGAUGUUUUGCAUUUUUUUCAAAAUAUAUUGACAUGGUAACUAGAAAUCAUGCGUCUGAUUUUAUAUUGGAAGGUCAACAUGUACACGAGUGACCCUUUUGUGCGGUCUUAGUUGGAGGUGUUUCGUGUGUGUCAGUGGGAGGACCUGGACGUCGGUAUUGCCCUAUAAACCCCACAUGAUACAACCUCAACGUCCCAAACAUAAUGGUUGUCAUAUACCCAUAAGCUACAGGUUGCAGUUCUGUCAAAGAUUUCUCAGUCUGGAGUCAUUUCUUUUCUUUCAGAAUGGUACGUAUUGUUUUUUUUUUUUUUUUGUACAUGGUGUGUAGCUGUGUGACUGUGAGUGUGUGUACGUAUGGCUUGUCACAUUUGACAAUCAUAUAGGUUUCAAGUCUGAAAAAUGCAUGCACAUUUUUUUUCCAUUGUGAGAUUUUGUUUGCCAACAGAUUCUGAAUGUUUUACCACAAUAGCCGUGACAAAUAGUGUCUAAAUCUAGAGCCAGAAUCGUAAACAGUAAGUUACUGUAAACCGAUGUCAUUAUUAGUUAAUAUUGUUGAGUGUUGUUUUUCUAAUCUGUCUAACAUAGGCAGGGACUAAAAUAUACUACUUAAAUACAGGUAAGAAAUACCAGCAAUUACAUACUGUAACAUACAACAGAUCGAGAUCAGUUCUGUGCUCACAUAAAAAUAUUUCAAGUUUAUGAAGAACAUUUCAGUGAAAAUGUCUAUUCUUACAGUAUCAUGAAAUAAUAUCUUUUGAUCGUCUUUGUAAAGUUUUUAUUUUGAACGGUUCUGGAAUCUAUUACCAUGUGGUCCUCACUCAGUUUGGAGCAGGGCAAUGUUUGUUUGAAGACACCUAUCUUUUCUAAUAAUUGUGUUGUGACGAAGAGAUUAUGCAUAACAUUGCGGGUUACAUCAUUUAUACUUUCUGAGACACUUUUCGGUUAAGUAAUGGUGCUCUGAAAUGAGUGUGUUUCAUUCAUUGGAUUUGUGGACAGGUGCAUGACGGUAGUUUUAACCCAUUGAAUCCAAUUCAGUGUUCUAUUCAGUUUUCACAUAUUCUAAUGUAAAUAUUCAGACUCUAUAAUAUAUACCGCAACUCUCAGAUUAACAUAACUAUACAGUAUAGACAUUUCCCUCUGUUGAGGGUUAGAUGAGGUUGUUAACUGCUACAUACAUACCUACCAGAGUUUAUUUUGUCUACAGACUUCAGUUGGACAUUGGAGGAUGAAUUGUGCUGAAAUUGGCAGUCAUACUAUGUUUAUGUAAAGUUUUAAAGAAACAUUUGAUAAUGGGGAAAACUAAAACUUUGAGAAAAGGGAAGACCGCUUGACACCCGAAACCGUAACACUACAAUCUGUCAUUGUCAUUUGUUUGACCAUCUGACGUGAAAGUUGAAAAGGUAGACUAAUUGAGAUGAAAUAGCAAUACCACAUUGUCAUAAUGUUGUUUUGGGGUCUUUUGCAACUGUGUCCGUGGGCACCAGAGUCUCAGUGGUUCUAUACAGUGAAAUCUAGCGCUUUAAGCUAGAUGCAAUCAGUUUUAGGGACAGUGCUGUUUGCUAAUUUAAGUAAAAUGUCUGAUUAGUUCACAGAUAACUUUGAAUGUGAGUAUAGCAUACCUAAAUCAUUCAUGCAGUAUUGCCACAAUAGAUAAACAAUAUAAUAUAUUCCAAACAUAUGUCUGACAAGGAAGAGCACAAUGUAGAAAGACAUUUGCCGUGUUUUAAUUUUCAUCAAUUGUUUAAAUUACAGAAACAAUGGAAAAGACUAUUUGUGUGAAAUGCUGACAACAGAGGGAUACUGAAUGAGACGUACGUUGAGUUAGGCCCACAAACUAUCAGAAACUGCAGGACCGCAUACAAAUGAGCUGUGUAAUUGCACUCAAAUACAUAUAUUGUAAUUACAGGAAACGUCCUAAAUUACAAGUAAUGGAAUGUUUACUGUGUAACUUUCAGAUGUUCAUUUUUUGGAAUGUUUGUCUUAUUAUUCUCAGUAGAUAGUACUAUAAAAUAAAUACUACAACAAUGUCACCGUAUGGAGAAACACAUUUCACCAGUCACUCAGAAUGGGAAGGCUAAUGUCAUUCUCAACACUCGCCAUUACAUUACACUUAGCUGACGCUUCUAUCCAAAGCGACCUGCAGUUAUUUGGAGUAAUUACAGGGUAUCAACUUCAACUUAAUCUUUUUCAAGGUCAAAAUCAGAUUACAUUCAACUCUCCUAUUGCAGAUGUAGACACACACUGAAUCAAAGAUGUUAAGUAAAAUGUGACUAGUGUUACCUUGGAGACACUCCCAUAUGCCCCACGGGUGAAAAAAACACUCCUUUACAGCGUUUGUACAGUUGACUUGUGCUGUUUUUUUAAUAGUUCACAUGUGACGUGUAAUCUCCAAUGAUUGAGUGAAAGAGCCAUUCUCUCACAACCAUUUCAUUUCUUCUCUCCAUUUUCUUUCAAGCUCCUCGCAAGUUUUUUUUUUAUUUUGGUGAAGAAUAACACACAUUUGUAACAGACCUAAUCUUUAAGAAGAUGCAUCCUGAAUUCGUUGUGGAUUUUUAAUUUUAGUGCAUUCUCACUGCAUUGGGAGGGACUUGUCUUGCAAUCAGCAAUAGAGUUGAGAUAGGCAGCUAAAUAUUCAGCUAUUUAUUACAUUGCCCUUUUGACCAGCAUUUAACAAUUACUCGAUUGCCCCAUACAUUUGAUAUAAAAUACACUGCUGGCAGAAUAUAUGAUGUACAAUGCCUUUUUUGUUAGUCAAUAUACAACUAACCAAGUAAGGGUAUUUUCACUCCUAGUCUUCUUUAAGUGAAUCAAACUCACUCCUCUUUUAAGUGAAACAAAAAGUGAACCGACAGCAAAAGGACUCAGUUCUGUUUGUGUUCCUGUGAGACAUGUAUUGUGUCAGUCUUAGGGUUGCCAGAUGUGUCUGGUUAUUUCCAGUCCAAACAAUGCUCAAAAACCGCCUGGAGGCACUAAAUCCAGCCCAAUUAGAACCAAAUUGUAUUGAUCUCUAUGGCCAGAAAUCUACAGAAAAACCUGCCCAAUGCCCGUUUCUGGCAACACUGGUCAGUCCUCUCAUCCGGCCCUCUAGAGCUCUACCUAAGUGAUUACAUCUAGUCACAAGUGUAACUUGUCAGGACUCCUAAGUGAACCAUACUGAGACCACAUCAAUAAAGGUCUCGGUACGGUUCACUUCCAAGGGGUCUGGGUAUUUGGACAGGUUUGAGUUCACUGAAUGGGAGCAGGUGUGAAAACGCCCUUAGACACACACACACACAGGUAUGAUACUCCCUGUUUAUCCAUUUUCCAGUUUCUGUUGCCCAUUUAAUUAAAUUCUAUCUUCAAAGAUAUCUUUCCUAUACUGUAGGGAUUAUUAUUCCACCUUUGGCUGUUUGUUUGUUUUGAUGUGUCUGAGGAAAGGAUCCCCAAAGUAUUCGAUGGGGGGCCCGAGAUAUUCCAUGAACUACAAACCAGUCUAAUCCUUGUUUGUCUUAUAUCCUGCCAUUGUGUCCACAGUGAGGAAAAAGGAUAGAAUAUGUACAUCAUUAGUUCAUUCUUUCAAGUGCUGAAUUGACGACAAUAGGUGCUGUUAAAUUGACGAAUUAGGUCAUGAUAUUGUGAUUUUUGAACAAAGAUAGUCACCAUUAACCCUUUUGCAAACAUCCAUUGGCUGAAUAUGUUUCACCUUUUUUGGUGCCGUUUAAAGAAAAUGCAUUAGGCCUACAAUGUGAAAAAAAAGAAAGUCGUGCAACAAUUUUGUGUAGAUAUUACAUUUUAUCACAUAUAAAAUCUGAGAUUUUUGGUAAAAUUGGUGCCAUCAAUAGCUCACAUAAGGAAGUAGUGUGACUAAUGGCGUAUGAAGAUAACUUUAUAAAUGUGAAAUAAAAUUUUACAAAUGAUUUUUAACCUGUAAAUGUUAAUGUGGGGGUUUAAUCAGAAGAAUGCCUUAUAAGCGUUUUGAAAGUAACAGCUUUGAGUAUGAACUGUGUGCAAGGUGUUAACAGUUUUUUUUCUUGUAUGGAAUUGAAUGAUAUGUAUUGUUUGAAUUAUGUCUAUGCCAAUAAACUGACAUUUCCC